CCAAACUGAGGAGGAUCAGAGAAGAAGAACGUCGUCACUCGUCUGCAGAGUAAACGACUGAAAGGGAGCGAGGAGAAGGAGGUGGAAAAAGAGGAGGCGGAGGAACCAAACCACCCACAGAGAGUUUCCUCUCACACACACAGUUUGUGUUCACAGCAGCUUCACCUCUCUGACAGCAGGAGAAGAGAAAGAAGGAGUCACAAGGAGAAGCUGACUCUCCUCCACCCUUCACGAUAGAGGAGCAGACUCACCACCUGCAUCAUGGGAACGCUUUGAGUCCUCAAAGACCCCUGAAGACCUCUGGUUCCUCCUCCACCAAACCUCCCCCAGCAUGUUGGCCAGGCCGACCCAGGGUGGGGCGGGGGGGCAACUGGGCCUGACGUUGAUGGUGAUGAUGGUGAUGGUGGCGCUAGUGGUGGAGGCAGCCAGCGUGGAGGAAGUGGAGAGUGAGGAGAGCGAGGAGGUCCUGGAGGAGGAGAUCCUGGAGCCGCUGGCCUCAGUGUCUCCACUCAGCUCCUGGCUCAUCUUCAGGAGAAACUCCAACAAAGGGGACAACCGGAGAAGCAAAGGGACCAGGAGAACCUCAAAGCAUGGUCUUCCAGGACCUCCAGGACCUCCAGGACCUCAGGGACCCCGGGGGCCUCCGGGACCCACCACCCCUCUUCUUCCCCAGCAGCAGGAGGUCCUCCAGGAGUUGCAGCUCAGACUCAGAGACAUGGAAGGAGUGUGUUUUCAGUGUGAUGCUACUCCUCGUGUCUCCACCUCCUUCCUCGGUCGCCUCCACCAGGACGUCAUCGUCCCUCGACGCAGCCUGCUGGAGCUGCAGCCGUUUAGUCAGCCUUCGGACUCAGAGCGGAGCCUCCAGAGGGGGCGGAGCUUCAACAGCAGCAGCGGCCGGUUCACAGCCGCCGUGUCCGGAUUCUACCAGCUGACCGCCAGCCUGCUGAUAGACAGCGGAGACCGAGGCCACGCGAGACUCCGAGACAGCGUGAGAGCCGCCGUGUGCAUCGAGUCGCUCUGCCAGAGCAACCUCUCUGUGGACUCGGUGGUGGGCGUGGCGGCUGCAGGAGGAACCUUCAGCAUCCUGCUCACAGGAACUCUUCAUCUGCAGGCUGCGGAGUACGUGUCGGUCUUCGUGGAUAACUCCAGCGGGUCGGCCCUCAGCGUCCUGCGGGACUCCUUGUUCUCUGGGAUUCUGCUGGGAGUCUGAACCCUUCGCACCUCUUUACCUGAUCAGCUCGGAGGUCAAAGGUCACAGGAGCUCCUCCCCGUCCUGUUUGCCUCAGUGCCACUUGAUGGACAGACAAAUCAUCACUCUCAUUAAAUAUAUAUAUACAUAUAUAUAUAUAUAUAUACA